GGCUUCUUUUUUCAAACCAGAACCAGUGUCCGUACAAGUCCGUUGGGAUUUCUUAGGGUUUGGGAGACAUGGGAGGAGUGAGAAGCAUGGUGAAGAAGGGAUUGGGAGAAAUGGGGUUCAACAAGGGAGGUGGAGCUAUCAACUGGUUUCCGGGUCACAUGGCCGCUGCUACUCGAGCCAUUCGCCACCGUCUCAAGGUCUCCGACCUCGUCGUCGAAGUUCGCGAUGCUCGUUUACCGUUAUCUUCCGCAAAUGAAGAUCUUCAACCCUCACUUUCAGGGAAAAGGCGUGUCAUUGCUCUCAACAAGAAAGAUUUGGCCAAUCCCAAUAUAAUGCAUAAAUGGACUCACUAUUUUGAUUCCCGUAAGCAAGAUUGUAUCUCAAUAAAUGCACACAGCAGAAGCUCUGUUAAGAAGCUUCUUGAACUUGUUGAGUUGAAAUUGAGGGAGGUGAUCUCAAGGGAGCCAACUCUUCUUGUCAUGGUAGUUGGUGUUCCCAAUGUUGGCAAGUCGGCUUUAAUUAAUUCCAUCCAUCAAAUUGCAACAUCUCGCUUCCCUGUGCAGGAGAAGAUGAAAAGAGCUACAGUGGGACCAUUGCCUGGUGUUACUCAAGAUAUUGCAGGAUUUAAGAUUGCCCAUCAACCUAGUAUAUAUGUUCUGGACACCCCAGGUGUAUUGGUUCCAAGCAUCCCAGACAUAGAGACAGGGCUAAAGCUAGCUCUAGCAGGAUCUGUGAAAGAUUCAGUGGUAGGUGAGGAGCGUAUUGCUCAGUACUUACUGGCAGUUUUAAAUACUCGAAGCACUCCCCUUCACUGGAGGCACUUGAAUAAUAGAAGAAUAGAAGAGCUCCGAAAUGAAUAUGAAGACAAACAUGAUUAUAAUCUUAAAGAUCUUUUGCCAAAUAAGAGAAAGCUGCCAAAUAGGUCUGAUGUGAAGUACAUUGAGGAUCUUGUGACAGAAGUGCAAUGUGCACUUCACGUGACUCUUUCAGAAUUCAACGGUAAUUUGGAAGAGGAGAAUGACUUGGAGAGUCUAAUAGAACAGCAGUUUGAAAAACUGCAGAAGGCAAUGAAGAUACCUCAUAAGGCAUCUGAGGCCCGAACAAUGGUGUCUAAGAAAUUGCUUACUCUGUUUAGAACAGGUAAACUUGGUCCUUUCAUCCUCGAUGAUGUUCCUGAUAGCCCAAACCCUGUAUCCUGAAACCCUUUUGCAGAUCCUCUAUUCCUUUUCUCUUUUUUCGUUUUGAUAAGUUAUUUAUUUUAAUAUUCCCUUUACACAUGUACUAUAGAUCCUUCUUUGGCAUACUGAAUCUGUCUCUUCAUUGUGUUAUAGAAUUGUGUCUAUUGUCAUGUACCUUGUGUACAAAAUUGCCAUGGUUGGCUCAUUCAAGGUAAAUUCCAGAGCCAAUAAGUCUACGCUUUCUAUCAUUUUCUCUUGAAUGCAAACAUAUUGUUGCCUCGAGCCUAUUAA